AUGGAUGAACUUCGACAAGCUCAAGAAGAAAAAGUUCAAGAGGCCCUAGAUAUGGGCGAGAUUGAAACUAGUAAGGGCUUGAAUCAAGAACUUGGUCUUGCUAGAGUUGAUAAUACUCGUUGGGGUUCACACUAUAAAUCAUUUAAGAACUUUAUUAGUAUGUUUGGUUCUAUUACUGAUGUCCUUGAUACUACUGUUGUUGAUUCUGAAUCUGUUGAAGAAAAAGCUAGGGCAACAGGAUAUCUCAGAACUUGUCAAACAUUUGAGGUUUCUUUCAUAUUGCACUUACUGAGAGAUAUUUUAGCAAUCACAAAUAAUCUUAAUGAAUCCUUACAAAAGAAAGAACAAGAUAUUGCAAAUGCUUUUCUACUUGUUAAAGUGGUGAAAAAACAAUUGCAAGAUUUACGGGAUGAAGGAUGGGAUCCACUUAUCAAAAGUGUGACUGAAUUUUGUGUCAGACUUGCUGAUUAUACUAUCUCACAUCACUAUGACGUGGAAGUAUUUUUUAAAAUUAUUGAUUGGCAACUUCAAGAACUCAAUGGUCGUUUUAAUGAGGUGAGAACAAAUUUGCUUUUUGGGGUUGCUUGGUUGAAUCCUGUUGACUCAUUUUCUAAUUUUGACAUAAACAAGAUUUUGAGAAUGGUUGAAUUAUAUCCUGAUGAUUUUGGACUUGGUGACCUUUUCGAGGAGCUAGUUAAGACCAAAAAAUACUUUAAUUAUCCUCUUGUUUUUCGUCUUGUAAAGUUUGCAUUGCUCCUGCUGGUUGCCACUACAACAGUUGAAAGAACCUUUUCGGUAAUGAAGUUGAUCAAGAGAUCUACUCAGGGGCAACACUGUCCAAACACUUCCAAUAUUCAUUUCUUCACUUCUCAACACAAAGCUACCAUAUGCUCGGAUCCACCCACUGUUCAUGUUUUUGCAGCACCACCCCCACCCGAAGCUCCUACUUUUGAGGUUUAUCCAUAA